ACAGCACUAGGCCAAUAAAACGUGCCGAUUAUCACACUCUGCCGUAUUGAAGGGCUUUCAAAUUAGCCGAUUUCCUGUGUUAUCAGGUGUUCCGGGGCUUUUGGGUGCUGGUUUUAAGCCUUUGAUACCCAAACGGAGCGAUCCAGUUGCGUUGAAUCGCUUGUACAGUGCGUAAUCCCCGCGCCUGAACUACUACAUGGAGAUUCGUCUUCGGGAGCUGAGUUUCGGAACGGAGGACGUGCGCGUACUGGGAGGUUGAGCAAUCUGAAGAUCCUGAAGUCAAAAUGGCCUUCUCAAACCCUGCUUUUGUCGCGGACGGUGAUUCGGAGAAACCUUCGACAAUCAACUUAACCUCCAAGCUACCUGAAUUCAAUCCUGCGAAGAAACCUCUUCGUGACAAGUGGGGCAAGGACAUCGAGUUUCUGCUGUCCUGUAUCGCCUUAUCGGUGGGACUUGGUAACGUCUGGAGGUUCCCGUUUACGGCGCUGGAGAAUGGUGGUGGGGCUUUUGUGAUUCCCUACCUGUUUGUGUUGUUCCUAGUGGGGAGGCCAAUCUACUACCUGGAGAUGUUGAUUUGUCAGUUCUCCAGCCGGGGUUGCAUCAACGUGUACGAUGCGGUUCCAGCUAUGCGCGGGAUUGGCUAUGGGCAAGUGUACUCCACGGGUGUCGUGAUGGCGUUCUACGCUUCAUUGCUGGGUAUUACCACGAGAUACCUGGUAGCUUCUUUUGGGAAUCCACUGCCGUGGAGCGAGUGUCAGGACAGCUGGGAUGCCAAUUGUAUCGAUUCUGGCCUUGCGGUAUUAGAGGGAGCUGGAGCGAACGCUACGAUGGUGGUUUCGGCUGAGCUGUACUUUGUCAAGGAAGUUCUGAACGCUGCCGACUCCCUUGACGACGGCAUCGGAACUCCAGAUUGGCGAUUGGUUCUUUGCCUAUUGGUACCCUGGACCUGCGUCUGCUUAGUUUUAAUCAAAGGAAUCAAAAGCUCCGGUAAGGCAUCGUACUUCCUGGCGAUCUUCCCGUACGUGGUGAUGCUGAUCCUGUUGAUUCGAUCUUGCACGCUUGAGGGUGCUGGCACUGGAAUGCUGUACUUCAUCAAGCCUCAGUGGGAUCGAAUCUUCGAGGCCAAGGUGUGGUACGCUGCCGUAACGCAGAUGUUCUUCUCGUUGACGGUUUGCUUCGGCAACGUAAUGAUGUACUCGUCGUACAAUCGAUUCACCAACAACGUCAACAGAGACGUAACAGUAGUCACCAUACUGGACACGCUAACCUCCAUGCUAGCCGGGCUGAUCGUGUUCGGCGUCAUAGGUCACCUAGCGCACGUUACGAAUUCACCAGAUCUUAGUAAAGUGGUCCGCGGAGGAGGUGGCCUAGCGUUCAUCACCUACCCGGACGCGAUCGCCAAGUUCACGUUUUGGCCGCAGUUCUUUGCGGUUGCGUUCUUCCUGAUGCUGUUCGUGCUGGGAAUCGGAAGCAUCGUUGGAAUGGCCACGACGAUCAUGACCGUCAUCCGGGAUCGAUUCCCUCACUUGAAGCCAUCGCUGGUAGCGAUCGGAAUCGCUAUCGUCGGAUUUGGCAUCGGGAUCAUCUACACCACUCCGGGAGGUCAGUUUCUGUUGGACUUUUUGGACUUUUACGGAGCAUCGUUUGUAGCGUUGGUGCUGGCAGUUUUUGAGAUCAUUACAUUAUCGUGGAUCUACGGAGUUGGGCGGCUUUGCCGAGACAUUGAGUUCAUGCUGGGAAUUCGAACCGGGCUGUACUGGAGGAUCUGUUGGGGCUUUGUUACUCCAAUUAUGCUGAUUGCUAUUCUGAUAUAUCAUAUUGUAACUUAUGAAGCCUUUACCUCCAACGGGUACGUGUUCUCCAAUGGGAUGUACGCCUUCGGAUGGUGCGUGUUCGCCGCUGGAGUCUUGCAACUUCCGGCCUGGGCCGUGUAUGCGGUGUUGAAACGGAAGGAGACCAAUUGGAAGGAACGGAUUUCGAGCUGUUUUAGGCCAACCUACGAUUGGGGACCAGAAGACACCGAGCUUAACGUCAAGUACCGCGAGUCGGUGGAGAAACAUGUGCAGACCCUGACUCUGAAGCAAAAUUUGUUGCGAAGGAUUUAUGACAAUGUAUUUAAAUGAAAUAAAUAAAUGA